CGGUCACAUGACCACGCAACCUGUCCCAAUCGCUCAUAUUCACUCAUGGACACAGUUUAUUCACCUUCUUUCCCAAAACUGAUGCAUUUCGAGACGUAAAGAUGCAUCAAACAUAAAUCCAGACGCCUAGGAGCAGCCCCGCCUGGCCCUGAGGAGCACCGUGAGGAGCGUCUGCACCCCAUGAGCCUCACAACAUCAUGGCCGUCUUGACGUCACACAAGGGCCUGUGCAUAACGAGAGAAUUAAUGAGUAACUGCAUCCACCAUGACUGAAGAACAGAGGUCAAAUGACAAUUCAUCUAGCACGAAGCCUGCAAGUCACACUCUAAAACCAAAUUAUAUGCUCAAGUACACACUCUCAGGCCAUUCUAAAGCUAUAUCAUCAGUGAAGUUCAGUCCAACAGGAGAUUGGCUAGCAAGUUCAUCUGCUGACAAAGUGAUCAAAAUAUGGGGUGCAUAUGAUGGAAAAUUUGAAAAAACACUCUCUGGGCACAAACUAGGCAUCAGUGAUGUGGCUUGGUCACAUGACAGUCGAUUGCUUGUUUCAGCCUCAGAUGACAAGACACUCAAGAUUUGGGAACUUGCAUCAGGAAAAUGUGUAAAAACACUGAAAGGACACAGUAAUUAUGUGUUCUGUUGCAACUUCAAUCCCCAGUCAAAUCUCAUUGUUUCAGGCUCUUUUGAUGAGAGUGUACGAAUAUGGGAUGUCAAGACAGGCAAAUGUCUGAAAACCCUACCUGCACAUUCUGAUCCAGUCAGUGCUGUUAACUUCAAUCGGGAUGGAACCCUAAUAGUGUCCAGCAGCUAUGACGGUUUAUGUCGAAUUUGGGACACCACCUCUGGCCAGUGUCUAAAAACUCUAAUAGAUGAUGACAAUCCUCCAGUAUCCUUUGUGAAAUUCUCUCCUAAUGGCAAAUAUAUUCUUGCUGCUACUCUUGACAACACCCUAAAGUUAUGGGAUUACAGUAAAGGAAAAUGCUUGAAAACUUACACUGGCCAUAAAAAUGAGAAAUAUUGUAUCUUUGCAAAUUUCUCAGUGACUGGAGGAAAGUGGAUUGUUUCUGGUUCAGAAGACAACUAUAUCUAUAUAUGGAACCUGCAAACCAAAGAAAUUGUGCAGAAGCUUGAAGGUCAUUCAGAUGUUGUUUUGUGCACAGCCUGUCAUCCAACUCAAAACAUCAUUGCCUCUGGAGCAUUGGAAAAUGACAAAACUAUUAAGCUCUGGAAGAGUAACACUUAAAAGUUUCUAUCAUGAAGACAGUGAUACAAAAUAACUAGAAAUUUAUGACUUUCUACUGUGGAAAUACUAGGAUGUUUGUUGGUGUGUCAAGUACAACUUUCUUGUAGUUUAUGAAAGAUAUAGUGCUUUUUUUUUUUAUUCGUAUGGGAGUUAAAUGGGCAUGUUUACUUUGUAUGAUCUCCUUGCAGAAAAGUAGAAUUUACAAUUAGCACAGUGAACUCUGAAAAAAAAAAAAAUGUGAAAUGGUUUUGACAUUACAAAAGGCUCAUAAUUAUGAUUAAUUUUAUACUUUAUACCUGUGGUUGUACAAAGUCCAAAAAAGAAAAAAAAAAUACUGCAGUCUUUUUCUUGGAAUUGGCUGUUAUAUUGAAUAACCAAACUUCUUACAAGUGAU